AUGGAGGUCACUGUCAGACUCCAGAUUCAAUUGCAAAACUUGAGCACCUUUCCAGUUGAUAAUAUUUGUGCCGAUACUCCAAACGGAGAUCCAACACAGACAAUUGUUGUAGGAAGUCACAGCGACAGUGUUCCGGCUGGACCCGGCAUUAAUGACAAUGGCAAAUAUCGCGUUCGUUUCUGCUGGUGGGCUGCAGAAGAGAUUGGUUUGGCCGGAUCGAGUUAUCAUGUUCAGAAUGCUCAUAAUGCUACUGUUGUGGGCGGACGCCUCAAAGACUAUCUGAUCAAUCUUAACUUUGAUAUGGCGGGCUCGCCUAAUUACAUUUUUGGAAUCUAUGAUGCUAAGACAGCAAAGAAUGACACACCACCGAAGGUGCUUCCUGGCAGCAAAAAAGUCACAGAGCUGUACCGCGAUUGGUUCAUUGGACAAAACUUACCGUGGGACUUCAGAGAUUUCAACGGUCGUAGUGACUAUGGUCCAUUUCUAGCUGCAGGCAUUGCUGCUGGCGGUGUUGCAACAGGUUCAGAUGCCGUAAAAACGGCAGAACAACGUGACAAGUAUCUUCAGUCUUUGGGAGAAAAUAAUGCCGGUUACGCGGGAGCAAUUCUUGAUCCGUGUUACCACUUACCAUGUGAUACUUUGUCGAACAUCCAUCAGUUUGGUUAUGAAAAGCUGGUUCAGGCGGCCGCUUAUGGAUUGGAGUACCUCGGUCAGCACGACAACUUGCUGGAAUGGCUCUAUCCAGAUGGACGCCCAUGA